GUGCCUUGACUUGUACGGAGGAAAGGACCGGCUUUGCGGGACAAAGCCCCGGCUCCAGCGAAAGAAACAGCAGAGGGAGGAAAAAGAAGCAACAAGGGGGGAUAAAAAGUCAAUGCAAAGAAAAUGAUCAUCAGUAUCAGCGAGGAAAACGACAGGAACCCAGAGAACAUGGCAGCGGGGGAAUAUUUAAACCGCUGUCAGAGGAUCUCCAGACAGGAACGGACAAACCGGGUCCCUCGACCAUGCAAUAAUGGACAGAAUGCAUUGAUACCAGAACAUGAGAUCAAUAAGGUGGGUGCAGAGAAUGACCGUGCCCAUCUGUUUGUGAAGGCGCUAGGCAGCAGGAGCUGCCUGGACGGAGUCGUUCAACUCAUGGGAUGCCACCCUCAGUACCUGGAGUCAUUCCUGAAAACCCAACACUACCUGCUGCACAUGGACGGACCUCUCCCCUUCCACUAUAGACACUACAUCGCCAUCAUGGCAGCAGCCCGACACCAGUCCUUGUAUUUGGUGGAGGUUCACAUUAAUCAGUUCUUGCAGGUGGGCGGUGACCCACAGUGGCUGCAGGGGCUCGACUGCAUCCCGCAGAGACUGAGGAACCUCAACGAGAUCAACAAAAUCCUGGCACAUCGGCCCUGGCUCAUCACCAAGCAACACAUUGAGAACCUGCUGAAGAUCGGCGAGCACUGUUGGUCACUGGCAGAGUUGGUCCAUGGCGUGGUGCUGCUGGCUCACUACCACUCGCUGGCGAGUUUCGUCUUUGGCUGCGGGAUCUGUGCCGAAGGAGGGCACGAAGGCGGUCACAUCCUCCGGCCGUCGUCAAUCAACAACCAAUGCUCCGGCGACACUACGAACGGGAACGGCAAUGUCCCAGACCCCUCGGUGGUUCACCGCAGGCGAAGGUCGGUGGACUACUCCAGUGAUUCCGAAUAUCUGGUGGACAAGAUGCAGAAGUUCCAGGCAGAGAAGGAGAAUGAAGAUGAGAUGCUGAGGGAAGAAACGUGGAUUGCAUCAGAGACAGAAAAGGACACCAGUCCACCGACAGUGAACCGGGCUCCAGAAGACAAACCUGUUACUAUCCCUGACUUGUCCUGUUACGUAGAAGACCCUGAGUUUGGCUAUCCCGAGUUUUCCCGAAGAAGUGGAGAGCAGCUUCCUGUUUUCCGAGCUCAGGACUACUCGUGGGAAGACCAUGGGUUCUCGCUGGUGAACCGUCUGUAUUCGGACAUUGGCCACCUCCUUGACGAGAAGUUCCGCACUGUAUACAGUCUGAAGAAUGGCACUAUGGCCAAGCAACGAGGCUGUGACUUCUCAGUGCUGAAGAGAGGAAUUUGGAACUACAUCCAUUGCAUGUUUGGUAUUAGGUACGAUGAUUAUGACUACGGUGAAGUGAAUCAUUUCCUGGAGAGAAAUCUUAAGGUUUACUUGAAGACUGUGACUUGCUAUCCUGAAAAAACAAAACCUCAAAUGUUUGAGAGGUACUGGAGACAGUUUAAAUACUCAGAAAAGGUUCGUGUGAAUCUGUUGAUCCUGGAAGCUCGGAUGCAGGCAGAGCUUCUCUAUGCACUGCAUGCAAUAACCCACUACAUGAUCUCUUAGAAAGGUCAAAAGGAAGGAUGCCCUUACCUGCGGGGAACAUUUUUUAAAAAAAAAUAAAGACUGGACAUAAGCUUAAAGACUUGAAUGUCUUCUUGGAUGGAGGCAUUGCAGGGCAGCUGGAACCAUGUCACAAUGUCUGUGACAGUUAAUGUGCAAUUAUUGACAAUGACGCAAUCAAGCAUUGUGACUGUAUGUACAGAGCAAUGUUACUUCACAAAAGUGUUUCAUGCCUCAACACCAAGUAUUCACUUGAGGAUCUUCAAUCUCUCUAAGUUUUCAGAUGUCAAAAGGCUAUCGCAUCAGUGGUUUGCGUGACUACCAUCAAGCCUUGAUGUUGGGACGGAUGAGCCCCCCUUUUUUUGGAAAAGAAAGACUUAUUUUUGCUAUGAAUAGUAAUAACAGAAAAUAUGUUUGACACGUGUUGAGUCUGUUUCAUAUUGGAAUGGCGUUUCCAGAUCCUUGCCAUAUUACUUUUGGUUUUAAGACUUAUCCAAAGCCUUUGUGUGUUUGGAUGUGUGUGUGUGUGUGUGUAUGAGUCAGGGGGGGUGUGUUA